CCAAUGAGAAAAUUCUAUCUUUCCUGUGUUAAGCUGCAAGGAAACAAUCACUAUUUAAUACUGCAGUGCCAGCAUCAGUUUCUCACGGAAAGACACAGAGAAAAAAAAAAAGAAAAAAAAAAGGAUGUCUUUCAAAAUAGAGUACCUUGAUCUUGUGCUUGUCCCUAGUGGGUUGCUGAUCAUGUUUGCUUACCAUCUCUUCCUCCUUCACAGAUACCUCAAUCGCCCUCAUAAAACAGCCAUGGGGUUUGAAAACUUCUAUAGAGAAAUCUGGACCAGAACCAGGGAGGACGUGAAUACAGCUCUCACGGUAAUUUCAUCAAACAUAACGGCAGCAACAACCUUGGCCUCAGUCGCGUUGACUCUCUGCCCCCUGAUCGAUGCCUGGCUUGGGGGCAACGUAAACACCGUCUUCACAAGUGAUUUAAUAUACGGUGACACAAGGCCCGCCACCGUCUUCUUGAAGAACAUCUGCCUUCUGAUCUGCUUCCUUCUCGCCUUCUCAUGCUUUGUUCAAUCCGCAAGGCACUUUGUCCAUGCAAAUUACCUCAUAAGCACGCCGGAUAAUGGCAAUGCGGUGGAAGAAGUGACGAAGGCAGUGAUCAGAGGCGGUGAUUUUUGGUCACUCGGGCUCAGAGCACUCUACUUCGCCCUAAAUCUGCUCCUCUGGUUUUUUGGUCCCAUACCCAUGUUUGUUUGCUCCGCCGUAAUGGUUUUCCUCUUCCAUUUCCUUGAUUCGAAUACAAAACCAGUGCCCCAACGCCAUAACAUUGAGGAGAACAGCCAUCUCCGUACUUCUCUAAUCGUCUGAACCCAACAUCUCCUUCUCCUUGAAUUAAAUUUCUUCUUCUAAAAACAAAUAAUGUUAUGUUUGAGCUGAAUUCAUUCACAAUAGCCAUUGGAUUGAAACGAUCAACUUUUCUUAAUUAUGACUUUUUUCUUUUUCUCAUUUUGCAUGUCACACAGUACAGCACUGCAAAAUAUAAUAUAUAAUUGGUU